AUGGAGGUACCCAGCCAGUGUGUGGAGAGCCCUGUGUACCCUUCUCCUCCUGUGUACAGCCCUGGGAAGCAGGGGUUCAAGUCCAAGAGCACCAGUGGUCCCACCCCUCUGACUGCAGGAGGAGGCAGUGUGGUUGGGUUUGAUUCCACCUCCACCCCCAAAAGUCAGCGCUGCAAGAAUGAGAGCGGGCUGCAGGAAGGCAAACCCAAGUCCCCAAAGCUGAAAUGCACUUACUGUGACAAGGCCUUUACUAAGAACUUUGACCUGCAGCAGCACAUCAGAAGUCACACAGGCGAGAAGCCCUUCCAGUGCAUCGUCUGUGGCCGAGCCUUCGCCCAGAAGUCCAACGUGAAGAAGCACAUGCAAACCCAUAAGGUGUGGCCUCCAGGGCUGGGGUGCACCAUCUCCCGCAACUCCAUCACAGUGCAGGUCAUGGCUCUGAACCCCAGCCAGCCAGAGGACGAGGAGAGCUCAGGUUUGACUCAGCCCUCAAGGAACCCUGCACCACCCCCCAAAGAUGUGAGCCCCUUGGAUGAGGGCGAGGCGGGCAAGCUGGAAGCCAAGCAGGUUGUCUUGGUUGAUAGCUCCUACCAGUGCCAGUUCUGCCCCAGCAAAUUCAACACCUAUUUCCAGCUCAAGUCACACAUGACAGGGCACAAGAAUGAGCAGGUGUACAAAUGCGUGGUGAAGACCUGCGCUCUGACCUUCCAGAAGCUGGAGUCCUUCCUUGAGCACAUCAAGAGCCACCAGGAAGAGCUGAGUUAUCGCUGCCACGUCUGCAGCAAGGACUUCCCCUCCCUGUAUGAGCUGGGCGUCCACCAGUACUCCCACAGCCUGCUGCCCCAGCACAGCCCCAAGAAGGACGUGGCCGUGUACAAAUGUGUGAAGUGUACAAAUAAGUACUCCAGCCCAGAGGCCCUGGAGCACCAUCUGCAGACAGCAACGCACAACUUCCCCUGCCCUCACUGCCAGAAGGUGUUCCCCUGUGAGAGGUACCUGCGCCGCCACAUCCCCACGCACGGCGGGAGCAGCAAAUUCAAGUGCCAGAUCUGCAAGAAGUUCUUUCGGCGGGAGCACUACCUCAAGCUGCACGCCCACAUCCACUCAGGUGAAAAGCCUUUUAAGUGCUCAGUGUGUGAUGCAGCUUUCAAUCGAAAGGACAAACUCAAGAGACAUAUGCUGAUCCAUGAGCCUUUUAAGAAAUAUAAAUGUCCCUUCUCAAGCCACACGGGCUGCAGUAAAGAGUUCAACAGGCCUGACAAGCUGAAGGCUCACAUCCUGUCCCAUUCAGGGAUGAAGAUCCACAAGUGUCAGUACUGUCACAAGUCCUUCAGCCGCCGGUCCCACAUGAUGGAGCACCAGCGCUCGCACACGGGCAACUACAAGUACCGCUGCCCCACCUGCAGCAAGGGCUUCACGCGCCACAAGUACAUGAGGGACCACAAGUGCCGCCUGGGCUCGCCCAAGGACAAGGACCUGCAGCUCAGGAAGCCCCAGAAGAAGCGGGUGACACGGGGGCACAAGGCAGGCCUUUCCCCCCCCAGCCAGCUGGCUCUGGCAGAGCUGAAGGACUGUUCUGCUGGGGAAGGGCCCCCGGAAGGCGGCCCUAACAAAGAACCGUUCCAGCAGUCGGACGCGGUCCUGUCCAUCAUGGUUGGUGGGUCAGGAGUUGUUGACUCAGACCUUGUUCCUGGGCAGCCCAACAACAUCACGUCCAAUUUGGCCCUGGCAGAACUGCAGAGUGCCUCGGACAGCCCCUGCACCAUGCUGGCUGUACCUGUGUACAUCCAGACGACGGAGUGAAGAUGUGUAGAGCCACUGUGUGGCCAAGGGCUGCUGCUGUCAGGCCUGGUGCUGAAACUUAUCCCAGUGGAAAAGACCAAAGCUCUUGUGGGGAGUUAGAUG